AUGUUUCCUCUUCAAAAAACCUCAUUUAUCAGAAAUUGGAACGUUCCGAAAUCGAACGGAUGGAUCAAAUUUCAACAUCAUCUCCACCGACAACAAUAUUUCUCAUCAAACUGUUCCCUUUGUAACAAUCCUUCUAUCCUUCAAAAAGAGGACCCACCGCCCAUCAUUUCGGACCAUCCUCAGUUUGAUACAAAUCACCCGACAAAAGCCAAUUAUCAUCAUCAUCAUCUCCAACACACCUCUACUCUGCGACAUCGGAUCAUUCACACCAUCUCCGAGUUUAUUGGAUUGCAGCUUGUCAACAAACUUGCAUUCCGUAUUGAAAAAACACUCGCCAAAAAGGCCCUCUCAAGAAAAUUGAUCUCCAAAUCUUCAAUCUUAAUGAUGGAACGAGUGAUUGAGAAAACUGCCGUUCGAGUGUUGCAAAGGAUUGGACGUGGAGCUGUUCUUAGCGUCCCUUUAAUUGGAGGAAUAUUGGCAGUCUAUAGCUGCAGAAAUGAUUAUUUGAGGGCUCGGAAGGAACAACAACAACAUCAUCAUCAUUCCUCGGAGCAUGAUCAUCUCCUUCAUGUUCACCUUAGCAAAAAAGAACAUAUUCAGAUUAGGAGAAAGAACAAACUUGAAGCUUACAAAUACUUUUUCAUAUCGAGUGUUUUCAAUGGUUUGGAUGCUCUCUUAAAUGGUGGAAUGUUCUAUGUUGCGGCCUUUCGUGAAGAUGUAACGAACGAGUUGCAUCCAUCACAACAACAACAACUUGGAAUUAUUGAAGCUCUUCAACAAUUACCAAACUCAAUGCUGCAUCACACACUUGAAAAUGAAACAAUUCUGGCCCUAUUGGAGGUAGGAUCUUUGGCUUCUGUGGUUACAGCAACAUGUAUGGCCAUUUUGGGAGAAAUAGCUUCUUCACAGUCACGAAUUUCGAAUCGACUGAAAGAUCAUCACGAUCACGAAACAAAUGACUUGAAUAAUGAUUCAUCAAGCACGAUCGUCAUUCGAAAUGGUAAUGGAACUCUCAUCACUAUUGCCGGCAAUUCGACUUCAUCGUCCUAUGCUGAUAAUAUUCCUGCCGUUCAAGCGCGGAUAAAUUUACCUACAGGGAUUUUUGUGCAUCCAAUCACACAGGACGUUUACUUUGUAGACACCUUUUUAAACAAGGUCCGUAAAGUGUCCAAUGAAACAGGAUUGAUCACAACGUUAGCAGGUACUGGUGCUGAAUCUUCAGGUGGAGAUGAUGGUCCUGCCUUAAAUGCAACCAUUUGGCGACCAUGGGGACUUUACCUUAAUCACACCACCAUGGAAAUGUUCGUGACAGAAACGUAUGGUGAAAAGAUUCGAAAAAUAUUCUCGAAUGGAACAAUUAUCAUCAUUGCGGGUAAUGGAAAUGUAGGACAAACAGGAGAUGGAGGAUUGGCUAUCAAAGCACAAUUAUCAAAUCCAACCUGUGUGCGUCAAUUACCGAAUGGAGAUGUGUUAUUCUUAGAUAGAUACAAUAAUAAUCUAAGAAGAAUUGAUACGAAUGGAAUAAUUUGGACAGUAGCAGGAUUGUUCUCCUAUGGAUACAAUGGAGAUAACAUUCCAGCAACAAAAGCUAAUUUGUAUAAUCCAUUUGAAUUUACUGUAGCAGAAAAUGGAGAUAUUUAA